CAUAGAGAAGAACCCUAUCCGUUUCCGGUGAUUUCGAAAUUACCCUGCAAUCUGGAUGCUUUCACCAACCCCAAACUGCGGUGUCUUCGAGAGCCCUGCGUAUCUGCGGCCGAACUAGAAAUAGGUCGUUUGGCGGCGUCCAGGACAAAGGACUCGCGGUCGCGACCACAAACACUCCUCGCCUUAGUAAGUAACAUGCUAUGUCGAAAUGGCGGCCGACGGGACCAGAAGGGAAAACUCAGUGCUUUAAAUGAAGGCAUUAAAGUACUACAAAAGACAAUCACUGCCUUGGGACGAAACCCAAAGACUGCAGAUACACCCACUAUAUUCGAGGCUUGUUUAAAAGGCAUCGCGCUGCGCAAAACGACACAGUUGGAAAUGCCAUCAGUGAAGGAUAAUCCGGCUACUUUCACAUCAAUAGAAGAGGCAGCGAUUCGUCUGAUUGUACGGUAG